AUGGCACGGUGGCGCAACCCGAUCCUCCUCUUUACACAGCUACUUCCGAUUUGCGCCACUGUUGACCUCAAUGCUGUUCUGGCACUGAUGGUGGCGCUGGCGGUGGCGCAGACUCGUGCAGACCUCUUCCUCAUUGCCUCCUUCUUGCUCACCUGCAACAUCCUCUUCAACCCGCGCCAGCCGCCGCGCGCUGCGAGCGCCACAAACACCGCUACUGCUGCAGUACCAGAGUCCCCCUUGGAUGUCGAAUUGUUGCUCAACUCUUCGAUGGACGCGGAGGGCGACUUGAAGUCCGUGACAGGUGUGGUUACAGGCAACCUCGCAGCGCCGCCGACCGUCGAUGACCGGUGCAAUCCUUACCACGAAUACGACUGGUUCAAUGAUCCUAAUAACAUACAAUGCAACGACUUCAAGCGCUUCUACUCGCUGAUGUCUAAACCACCUCGCGCAGCACACUCUGUUACAGCCCGCCGGCGAUACAAUCCUGUGCCACCCUCACCAACCUCGUUUACGCCCCACCGGGUCGCAACCUUGCUUCCCUCCCCUCCCAAGCCCGAUCGUACGACCCACGGAGAUUGGCAUGAGCAAGAUCAACAAGAAUGCAAGCCUUCACGGAGAACGCCGAUUAACACCAACGGAUAUACCGGUACCUCAGCCCCCAUCACCGAGCGUCCCCUUGAGCGUACGAUUCAACAAGUUCAAGACGAUUACUACCUUCACAAUCCGGAUGCGCUCUCACGCGAAGCUGAUGCAAAUCUGUUUCGCCGGGUUAGGAAAAGGAUAUCCGACGACUUUAUGUGCAACAUCCGCCAUAGGCUAGCCCUUUGGUUACAACCGUGUUUCCCGUCUACUGGUCCUCGAGGUCAUGAACCCAGUUUCUCGCCAGCAACUACUUGGUGCCGGGACACGGACGACAUGAUGGAUACAGACGCUGUGGAGAGUGGUAUAGCACGAUCCUACGAACUCACGGAUCAAGACAUGGAGGAACCUUCGGCUGCCUCGGUCUUUUGUCAGACUUCGGCGACUUUUUCGUCGACGUCGCCUGUGGCCGCUGAUCAACACCCUUCCGCUCCACGGAACCUGUCAGCCUUGACCCAUGCCACUGGAAUACAGUCAGAUCUUGACCCAACACCCGCCUUCGCCCCCAAGCUCGCCCCGUCGCCCACUCCAUCGUCUUCAGAUGCCACAUUCAGAAUCGCUGGCCAACCCGUAACCUUCUCACAAUCAUCCCAAUCAAUACGAUCUCCGACAUCCACUCAGCAACCGCAUUCGUCACCUUCUAGUCUUGAAUCGAAUGCGCAGGAACAACAACACCAGCGCGAAGAAGCGCUUCAGACUUCCCGAACGCAGCAUUUCUACAGCCAACAAGAAGUGCAGGAACACCAGACGACUAUGGACGCAGAACGCCGAAGACGCGAAGAAUUGAAGCGUAGUGCUUCCACGCCUGAGGACACUGAUGAGCAGCGGAAGAAGGAAGAGGCCGCAAAACAACGCGCGAAGGUGUCGGCGAGGAUUCGUUCGAUACCUCGCACGCCUCCUAGUGCGCCCUCCACUCCCAAGCCAGCGAAGAAGGUCAACUUCGUGGACGACGUCGCAUUGCCGCCAGGGAGCUCGGGCCGAUUGGUUUCCUCUCCGACUUUAGGGCAAUCCGCGUUUAAUACGACGUCAGCUGUGCAAACUUUCCUUGCGGACAUAGCGAAGUCUCUCGGGACGGUCGAGUUCGAGAACCCCUCCACUCAGUUACCCGACGCGGAAGAAGGCGAGGAGACAGAAGUAGACGAAUAUGCGCAAGCGAAGGCGGUGAAGCAGGCUCAGGGAGAACUUGACGAGCCUGAAGGAUUCGAUGAGAUGGUGGAGAACAUCCAGGCGGCGAGAAGGAAGAAGGCUGCAGACUUUUUUUGA